CGACGUCAACAAAUCCAAAUACGGCAGGCUUUUCGCGCCUCACUAUCAGCGUGUACCUUCAUAGACAGGCGAGCCUAAGCAUCCUGGGUGUGCUGCCGAAAGCCCUUCUCUCCUCUUGGCAGGCUUCUGUUGGGGCCAGGAAAAUCACCAAACUCUCCUUUACUAUGCCGCCCACACUUACUCCGGAGCAACUGGCACUUAGGGAAGCUCGCAGAUUAAAAAAGCUAGCCUCUCAGAAUGCUUCUACUUCCGACAGAGUGUCUCUUAACCCCCACGCAAAGAUCCUCAAAAGGGAAUGGGCGCGUUUGCGUGCGCCACAGUCUCCAUCCUCUUCAGUACGAGUGAUGACAUGGAAUAUGCUAGCACAGACUCUUGUCCGACGGGAUCUUUUCCCGUCAAGCGACUGCCUUAGAGCGACACAACGAGGACUCAUGCUCUCUAAUGAAAUUACAUCCUAUGAUCCCGAUAUAGCAUGUCUCCAAGAAGUAGACGCCGAGCGUUCGGAUGAGCUCGCACUAGAAUUAGAAAAAAAAGGAUAUCAAUGCACAUAUGGAACUGGCCUAGGAAAGCGUCAUGGGUGCAUGGUAGCACAUAGGACAUCCAAAUUUAAGAGGCUUACCGAACGGGUGAUUAGCCUUGACAGCAUUUGCCUCGUUGACAUAUCCACUAUGACAUCUUCAUCUACCUUGAACCACGUCUCCAAUGAGAGUACGUCCAAAGGGCUGACGCGGAAAACAAAAAACAUCGCUUUGAUCGUUGCUUUGUCCACGCAUGAUCAGGGACUUAUACCGAAAGGUUACAUAGCCGUUACCUGCCACUUAUUCUGGCAUCCUAGAUAUGUCUACGAAAGAGCAAGACAAGGCGCAAUAAUUCGUAGGGAAGUACUUGACUUCCAAAAGAAAAACAAUCUUCUCCGUUGGCCAGUCUUCUUCGCCGGUGACUUCAACUGCCAACCAACCGAAGCAUUAUACAAUCUACUUGUGCGCAACCCGCUCACCGCAAGGCACGCCAAAGAUAUCUCAGCUUCGCAUGUCAUCCACAUGUCUAUCGACCCAAGUAUACAGCCUUCCAGCGCUUCGACUGAAAAGGGAGGCGAGGAAGAGGGGGAGGAAGGCGCUGCGGCCAUUAGUGACGCACAAGACAGGGGCGGUGAAAACGCCGAAGGAAAAGAGAAGGAAGAACCUGACCCUGACCGCGUCUUUACGAACACGAGAAAUGCGCUCCCAGAGGAUGGCUUGAUGAGUGCGGAAGAAUUGGAGAAGAUAUUUUGGUCAUUUCCUCCGUUGCGAAGCGCGUAUGAUGAGGGUCACGACAAGAUUUUCGGUUUGGGCGUUACUUCUGGGUCCCUGGAUCUGGAAAGGACUUUUGCUGCUAGACUGGACGAAAAGGAUAAAUUACAGUAUCUAGGUCGAAAAGGGAUGAACGAGCCCAUGUACACGAACUUCACGCAUUAUUGGCGCCUUACACUGGACUACAUUUUCAUCCAGGAUCCCCUCAUCGCAUUCCCUGCGGAUCUAAACACGCCCAACCUUCCUCUUUCCAACAACGAUCAUGCGUCAUCGCAGGCACUGGGCAUCGCAAGACCAAAGGGGGAAGGCGAAAUAAUCGCUCUUCUCCGAACUCAUCGCGCAGAGGACCUUGAACCGGGCCUUCCCAAACUUGGCGUUUGUGCCUCGGACCAUAUCGCGCUGUGCGCGGAAAUCGAAUAUUGAAGCAAAUAAUAUAUUCCUGUGUACAAUACGUCUGUCAGUGCGUUGCCGUCGACGCAAUGUUGGGAUUAAUACUGGUAAAUAUGGCAUAAGAGGAUAUAU